AUGUCUACAGCAGCGACAGUAGGGUCUGGGUCACAAAGGCCUUCAGCAUCGUCAGCACAACGGACCCAAGAAGCCAAGGAUGCCUUUACGGCUUCGUUGAACGCCGUUGGAGCCAGCAUUGACGCCGAGCUCCACGCUCGGGCAAAGAACAUCCACACCAAUGCAAAGGCUUUAACGAAACAGGAGGACGACGUGCGGAAGGAGACGAAAAGCCUUGCCAAAGAGAACGAUUCUCUGCAGAAGCUGCUCGACAAGACCAACAAAGAGGUGCAGAGUUUGGGUGAUUUGGACGACAUCAUGGCGAGCUUUGACGCAGAUAUGGCAAUGAUUGAGGAAACCCUCAGACUGGUGGAAGAGCAAGAAGAAGGAGGAGGAGGAGGAGGAGUAGCAGAAGGAGGUGAAGACGAGGAUUCUCGGAAGAGGGAUGUUUCGGGAAGCUGCAACUGA